AUGGUGCCGUCGACGCUACGCGGGGACGAUCUUGAGCUCUCGGAGCGCAUCUCGUACAUCAAAUCCGUUGAUCCGAUCGAGCAGCUCUCGCCCGACUACCUCGCCGCCAAGACACCAGAAGUUCUUGAAGCCGACACGGACGGCGCGCUGCGCGAAGGCGGUGCGCUCGUCUACACAUCGCCCGAGAUCGUCGCCUUCCUCUUCCAGUACGCGAUCCUCGGUGUCGUCAUUGGUGGCACCAACUCGAUCGCGUAUCCGUUUUUAACGGCCUACUACCAGCUCCCGCCCAACGUGCUCAACUCGGCGGGAACCCUUAUGGCGCUCGGGUGGUCGUUCAAGGUCUUUUUCGGCAUGCUCACGGACUGCGUCCCGAUCGUUGGCUACCGCCGCAAGCCAUAUAUCCUCGGUGGCUGGACCGUCACGGCCAUUAUGCUGGUCUACGUGGCGCUGCGUCCAGCAGGUGCCGGCGCCCCCGACCCAGCGGCAACGCACAACGGGUCGUCGCUCGCGCUCAUCUGCACGGUGGUGUGCUUCGCCAUGAUCAUCGCCGACGUCGCGCAGGAUGCGCUCACCGUUUCGUACUCGCAGCGCGAGCCCGAGGCCGUCCGUGGUCGUCUCGUGUCGCUGGUCUACGCCGUCCGCGGGUUUGCGGCCGCGCUCGUCACUAACGUGUCUGGUUUUGCCUCAAUUCGACGCGGUUCGGCGGCCACUACGACUGGGACAUUGUCAUUGCGCGUCGACUUUCGCAUCUACAUCAAGGAGCUCUGGGACCUCCUCCAACUGCGCGUCGUGUGGCAAGUGCUCCUCUUCAACUUCCUCUUCAACACGUUCACGGGCAUUGGGUCGACGGCCAGUGGCUACGUCAAGCUCUACUGGGCCAAAGUUGAGAACCUCAACAGCACCAUCAUGUAUACGGUCGGGAAGCUCUUGUACAUUGGCAUGCUUGUUACCGUCGGCAAGAUCGGGACGCACUGGAACUGGCGCGCGGUCAUUGUCUGGACGACACUUGUCACCAAUGCGAUCGACGCGGUCGUUAUGUUCUUCACCAUCUUUGACGUGGUCCGGAACCAGUGGUUUUUCCUCGGCGUCCCGAUCGCGGAGAUGAUCCCGAACGCAAUGAACUCGAUGGUGAGUAUGUUUGUCAUCGCCGAGCUCGCGGGCUCGGGCAACGAAGGCGUCAUGUUCGGCCUUGUCACCACGAUCAUGAACCUCCCGGGUCUCUUCACCAGCAUCAUCACCAACGUCAUUAACGUCCCAUUCCACAUCUCGACCACGCGCAUCAAGGCGGACACGCCCGACAUCCGCGCGGACGUUGCAUGGACAUACGUGAUUGGGUACAGCUUGACGUUUCUGGGCUGCUUCUUUGUCUACUUGCUGCCAAACCAAAAAGCCGCGGUCGCCGAGCUCAAGAAAACCGGGGGGCGCUACCCGCGCGUCGCCGCCUUCCUCUUCGUUGCGUUUGUGACGAUUUUGUCCGUCUCGAUCACGGGCACGCUCAUGUCCAUGUACGAUGCGACGAGUUGCACGAUUCUCGCCGGCGGCCAAGGCUGCGACGAACCGGCGCCGUUAUGGUAUCUCGUCGGCAUUCUCUUGCCCGCCGCGCUGUCGCUAACUGGGAUCGGUGCCGCGACGGUAUACCGCCGUCGUGCUUUAGCGACGGUGUAG